UGUCCACCAAUUGCUUCAUAUAGCGAAUAGUGUAAAUAACUGGGGUCCCCUAUGGGCUCAUCACGGCUAUCCAUUCGAAAAUGGGAAUGGUGUAAUAUCACGCACCGCAAAAUCAGCUAAAGGGGUCUUAUUUCAAAUCUGUCGAAGUCUUAAUUUCAAACGAUGCAUUAAUAUCAUGGAGCAUCAUAUUCAAAUUAAUAAUCCGGAAAUAUUGACGUUUUGCACGAAUUUGGAUGCAAAAUAUUCUAAAAGAUCUAGUAAAAUAUCACCCCAGUCACCUUGUAGAUAUUUCGGUAAAUCUAAGACAACUGAUGAUGAAUGGAUACAUCAAUUAUCGUUAGUACAACAAUCAUCACGAUCUUAUCAUCGAAUGGUUAAAAAUAAUUGUUUAUUUUCAACAAGAAACAAUGUUAAAUCAGACAAUUCAUAUGCAAAAUUGAAAGAUGGUACACUAAUUAAAAUUGUCGAAUUUAUUAUUGAUUUUCUUACUAAGAAAGAGUAUACUAUUUACAAAAAAUUAAAAACCACUGGAGAUUGUUAUAAUCAACAGAUACUUUCUGAGGAGGACUCAUAUUCGGCUGUUUUAACAACUGAAAUUUCUUUUGUAGCAGUACAUGUACAAUUAAAAGACAAGAAAUAUGAGCAAGGCGUUUUUGGCCGCGUGUGUGGCCUUGUCUAAGGCAGAGUGGG